AUCAAAACAAUCUUGGAGGAACAGCAAGGUGACAGGAUCUUUUCUGUGCAAGAAAAACAGCAUUUUAAUCGGGUUGGACUGCAACAGAGGCCUAAUGAUGAUUGGAAAGAUCCUCUCUCAUCUGCUUGGGAACGCUGGCGAGGACUUUGAUGCUGCAGACAAUACUUAUGAUAAACUAAUGGAGACUGAGGAGGGGGGAUGGGUCAUUGUUAAUCUCACAGAGGACGAACCUGGAUCUGCCCCUGAUGUGGAUCCUCUUGAGAACCUGCUGAUUGAACAUCCCAGCAUGUCUGUCUACCAGAUGAGAAGCAGGAUGAGCGGAGCUGAGGAGGAGGAGGAGGAGGAGGAGGAGCCGGUCUCUGAUGCAGAUGACGAAGAUACCUCGAGGCCAGUGGCAGUGAGACGACACAUAUCCUGGCGCCUUGCUGCCUGGGGGAUCCCUCUGCCGUGCACCGUCCAGCUGCUGGCUGUCCAGAGGGCCAGGACCCAGACUGAGCGGAAGAAGCUGAGCCGCAGCGCUCUCCACAGGCAGAACCUGGCCAAGACGCGAUUCUCCCUGGGAGAGAGACGCUACGGCCACUUCAAGCAGCCCGCCCAGCGCCUGUACAACUACUGAGGAGGAGCGAUGACAGUUCUUUUGAGAGGGUGUGUGUGUGUGAAGUUGCCUCCAUCACAGCACAGUGCCUUGGCCCUGAAUUACUCAGGUCAUUGCUUCACCUCACACUCAAAUUGUGCACAACCACCAAGGCAAAGCAUGUGAGAUUUGUAAUUUGCUGUCCAGUGAAAUGAUCAAACAUGAGCCAAAUGAACCACAGACACAAAAGUUUUUUGUUUUUUCUUUAAUUUAGACUUUAAUAUUGGCAACCUGCACUGCAACCCUCACGUCUGAAACCACUGAGAACAAUAAACCUCAAACGCCUGACCAUGAAAAAACCCAGCUGGUGCCCUAAGUUGAAAAGCAUUUCUAAGAAAAGGUUACUUUUCAAAUACAUGUUGAUAAUGUAAACUAUUAAGCGAGAAAUUAGUUGUUUGGCUUGAGUAGACUGAUUUGAGUAGCGGCAGGGCUCACAGGAAGGUGAAGGUGUGUGAACGUUACUGUAACGGUGCUGUUGCUAUCCGCGUGUAAUACUGCUCCAAAUGUGAAAAACACAAACCUGGAGAAAAUUUGCUCUAAAUAAUGAUGUAAGUGGAUUAUGGCACAUUGUGAUUGGCUGUUCCUUGAUUGUAUUUAGCGUGUGGCUUAGCUUUCUCUGUUUUUCUGCCAAAUGUAUUCAGAGUUAAUUUCAUGACAUGUUGAACUGUACAGUAUUCAUGUUGUGUGACAACCAAAAAAAAAAA